CUUAUCGUGGUGGAGCGGCGACCCACGGAUCCGCGGUGGCCGUGGUCACCAUCAACCGCCUCGCGCUCGCAGGCGCGUUUCGCCGCCUCGACGCCGACGACACCGUGGCCGUCGUGGUCCUCGCUGGGCGCGGCCACGCCUUCUGCUCUGGCGUUGACCUUACCGCCGCCGAGGACGUCUUCAAGGGCGACAUCAAGGACCCCGCCGCCGACCCCAUCGCCGCCAUGGUUGCGUACCGCAAGCCCAUCGUUGGCGCCAUCGCCGGAUUCACCGUCACCGCCGGGUUCGAGAUCGCCCUCGCCUGCGACCUGCUCGUUGCGGGCCGCGACGCCGAGUUCGCCGACCCCUACGCUGCCGAGGCCGCCGCUCCUCGCUGA